AUGGCUCCUCCAGGCGAACCAACACCAGCGGGUGCUGCCGCAGCUGCCGCAGCUCUGCCCACCAUCUUGCCCCUCGAACUGAUCGACAAGUGCAUCGGUUCGAGCAUCUGGGUCAUCAUGAAGACCGAUCGCGAGUUUAGUGGGACUCUGCUUGGAUUCGAUGACUACGUCAAUAUGGUGCUCGAGGACGUGACAGAGUACGAGACCACUCCAGAUGGCAAGAAGAAAAAGACCCAACUCGGCCAGACCUUGCUCAAUGGCAACAACAUCUGCAUGCUCAUUCCUGGCUCGGAAGGCCCAGAAGACUCCUAA